UCCAGUUCUUCUAGGCAAUCUUUCUAUUGACAAAGGAUGGAUCAGCCAACAAGUAAUACACAGACCCAACAUCAACACGAACCCAUCAGUUUUGGAAUUGAUCAGAUUUUAAACAGUUCUGAUCAGGAAAACUCUUCCCAUUCGGCUCCCAGAGGGUCAGAAAGCUCCAAUUACCUGGGAAGUCCAAUAAACCGAUCAAGUGCCCCCUAUUCUUCACUGUCUGCUGCCUUCCAUGGCAUAGGGGCAGCGUUUGAUGACUCUGGAUCUUACAGUGUGAAUCUCAGUUUGGCUCCAGCUGGAGUGAUCAGGGUUCCAGCUCACCGACCUAUUCCUGGUGCAGUCCCACCUCCUAUUUCCAGUGCCAUCCCAGGCAUGCCAGCUGUGCCCGGCCUUGGCAGCCUUAACUUCCCCUGGAUGGAAAGCAGCAGACGGUUUGUGAAAGAAAGAUUUACAGCUGCAGCUGCCCUUACACCCUUUACAGUGACCCGCAGGAUUGGGCACCCAUAUCAAAACCGCACACCACCCAAACGCAAGAAGCCCCGCACUUCUUUCUCCAGGGUACAAAUCUGCGAGCUGGAGAAACGAUUCCAUCGCCAAAAGUACUUGGCAUCAGCAGAGAGAGCUGCACUCGCCAAAUCCCUGAAGAUGACUGAUGCACAAGUGAAAACGUGGUUCCAAAAUAGAAGAACAAAGUGGAGGAGACAGACAGCAGAAGAAAGGGAAGCAGAGAGGCAGCAGGCCAACAGAUUAAUGCUCCAACUGCAACAUGACGCCUUCCAGAAGUCAUUGAGUGACUCCAUACAACCAGAUCCUCUGUGUUUACACAACUCUUCCCUAUUUGCACUCCAAAAUUUGCAGCCUUGGGAGGAGGAGAACAGCAAGAUUCCACCUGUUACAUCUUUGGUGUGAACCAUUUAGGACUGCAGGGGAAAACUGUAACUUCUGGAAGAACUGCAUGAACCACUGGAUGGAGAGCCCAUGACAUGGUACCUUGAGGGACAAGUUCCAUGGUGCUGGACCUGCUAGAUCUUGUAAUACUGCUGCAGAUGGGUCUAGGAAUUACUAUAUGGAAGUAAUGAAGCAACUGUUUUAUUCUUGUAUGGUGACAGGACAUGUAAUUAACAAUAUAGGGACUUUGUUGCUCGGUUAAAGCUUGAUUAUUUUCUACAGCAUUACUAAAAUGGAAAUGACUACAUGCAGGGAAAACGUUUUGAUUUAAAAAAAAAAAACAAAAACAAAAAAAAACUCAGAUAUUUACCAAAACUGAAAAAAAUAAAAUAUUUUACAGAAAACUUGAAAUCAACUGAUCGAGACACUAACAAUUUUUGAUUGUGUACUUGGAACAAUAAUGGCUUUCAACCUCACCUCAAAAAUUUGGUUAAAGCUGUAUAGAUUAUUAUGUAUACAUACUUAAUAAGACGUAUUGGGCAGAAUACAUUGAAAACACUGAAGGCCAGAGUUUAAUAACAUAUGUUGAGAGAACUUGAUUCAUUAAAUGUACAUAUGAGGCAGUUCAUAAUAUAACAAAACAGGCACAACACUCUUUGUAACAUAUCUUUAAUUUAUUGCUGUGGUAAAUUUCCUAUAAUGUUAUCAUAAAAAAAAAAAUAUAUAAAUAUAUUGUUGUUAAAUAUUUAUGUUCGGUUGAGUGUUAUUAUUUUAUGUUGUUUGGAGAAUAAUAGAGAAAUUGAAUUUUGAACGAAAUUAUUGAUAUUUAAAAUUUGGCUGGGACAAAAUAGUCAUGACUUUACCAAAUAUACAUUUUACUUGUUAUAUUUAUUUGAUGAAAAACAAAAAGGAAACAUUUCAAAUGCUAACUUUUCCCCCCAAAAGUACUUAUUUUAAUAUUGUACAUCACUAAGGGUAUUUGUAAAUUGAACCGAUGUUCAGUUAUUCUAAGGAAAAGUUCAAAACAUUUUAACAUCAAAAAUGACAAAUAUUAUUAAAGACCUUUAGCUAC